AUGCUACAGACUACAGAGACCAAGCCUCCUCCGCGGCGCAAGUCCUGCGAGGCAUGCAAAACAGCUAAACGGCGCUGCGACUUGGCAUUCCCAGCAUGCUCGCGGUGUAUGCAAAGGAAUAUCCAAUGCAUGUACCCCGGCAGAGUGCCCCUAGCCUACUCCGAGAUAAUUGAUAACACCCCCCUCAUGGAUACUUAUGGGAUUCUUGACGGUACUAUGACCCCAUAUCCAUCCGACGCCGAUCUUAUGGCGGUGAUCAAUGUGGGCUCGCUCCAGCCUGUCGUGGUCCAUUCGCCGUUUCGGUACAUCACAAUACUCCCUCCAGACCAACGCGUCGAUUUAUUUGAGAAUUCUCCACCAUUACAUGGCUUUGAAUUGGCCUCGCCACGAACAAACCCACCAAAGCCUCUGUCUGGCAUCUUUGCCAAUCGGAUUCAAUUUGCGGUUGAUGUACUCAAGGAUAUUCCCAAAAUGAUGGUCACUGAAACACAGACCCCAUGGUGUCAUCGCCAGCUCUAUAAAAGUAACAUGCCGAAAGAAAUGCAAGAUGUGUUCACUUGCUGUUCUCUCUACAUGACCAAGAACGAAAUCAAUGCACCGGUACUCAUGUCAAUAUUUGACUCCCGCAUCAAUAAUCUUUUAUCCUCACCACCACCUAUAACACCUCUAGAGCUCCUCGCUCGAGUCCACGCCCUUAUCCUAUACCUUAUCAUGCGAUUGUUUGACGGAACUACACGAUCACAGCCAUCUUCGCAAUGCUUAUUUGAUGUAUUGGAAACCUCAGUAGAGUCCCUACUAAGUUGCAUCCAUCUACCCCACCCAUCAGAGCCAUUGGAAUUGCUCCCCAUAACCAUGGACCCCGUCAUGAAUUUCUGGGAUUCGUGGGUCUUCCAAGAAUCAGCUCGGCGCACUGUGAUGAUGGUGUUCUAUUUUGUAUCCAUACAUAACUUUAUGCAAGGGAGACCAGCCCCGGUCUGUGACGGGAAGCUCGGACUUGAACUUGCAUGGUACCAAUCUGCGCAUUUGUGGAAUGCGCAGAGUGCUUUUGAUUUUGCGGUUGCUUGGACUGAGAACCAGCAUUUUAUAGUGUAUAAUGCGGACUUUUCCGAUCUUCUUCAGGAUGCGAAGCCUGAUGAUGUGGAUUUGUUUGGGAGGAUGUUACUCGUUACGAAGCUUGGUAUUGAUGAGACUAAGGCUUGGUUUUAUUCACGGGGUGGAUCUUUGUGA